CCAACUCCGGUCAAAUCCUCAGGCCCCUUAGCUCCACAACUCCAGGUAGCUGGCCUUAUCACCUCCAGGCCAUUGGGCUCGGGCCCAUUAAGUUCCGGGGCCAGAAGGUCGUCCGGUCACAUUGGCUCGAUGAGCAAAGUGUUGUAUGGUUUGUCGAUGACCACUUUGAGCAAGGAGGUGAAAGUGGAGUUUCAGGUGUCAAACGUGGUGAUUUGGGUGUUCAUGGUGGUGGCAGCGAUGAGGUUGCUAGUGGGUGGGUUUCUAAUGGUGGCCGUCAAGAAAUGGGUGAUGUUGGUGGCGGUGGUGCUCUUUCUGGUGCUGGUGUUGGUGGUUGUUGUCUGGAAUUGUAUUUGGGGAAGAGAAAGGCUACUAGGGUUUGUGAGGAGGUACCUAGAUGUUGAGCUCAGAGGUCCCAUUGACGGACAGUACAUCAAGGUUACAGGGGUAAUCACUUUCCCCAUCUCUCUUAGAUUUUCCUUUCCUUUUUCAUAUUUAUUUAUUUAGUUGCUUGCCCACUCUUAAAAUAAUUGCGUUAUCUUGCUAUUUAAAUUAGAUACCUUCCCAAUUUUUUUAUUGAUAUUACACAAAGAAUUCCAAAAAAGCUCACAUGCUCACAAUCGUUCGAAGAACCUCAAGUUCUGGGCGCUGCCAAUGAUGACCUCAAGCAAGAAAAUACAAAUGGCAGAGAGAGAGCAGAGAGACAAGGAAGAAGGUGUAUAUUUUUACCCCUGUAUUUAACGGACGUUUAACAGAAAAACCACUUAUGGACUCAAUUUGCUAACAAACUAACACCACGAGGGUUUAAAUCCUAAUUUUUUUUUACCAUGGGGACCAUCUUCCGAUUACAUUAGCACCACAGGGACCAUUUAUCCGAUUAUGCCUUUUCUUUAUUUCUUCAUUAAUAACAAAGUUUAGCAUUAUCGUGCAUUUUUAAUGCCAACCCCAGCCGUAUUUUAUUGGAAGUUUUAAUGAAAAACCUGCGGUACUGUUUAUUUUAACGAAAAAUCAUAUUUUUAUACUAAAAAGUCAAACCUGAUACCAUUUACUUUACCUUUUAUUUUAUCUUUAUUGUUAAACCUCAAAGUUUUCAAAAUCUUUUCCUUAGUUUCUUAUUUUAUUUCCCUCUCAAGACUUCCACCAAAUCACCAAGUCUCUGUGCGUCUCUCUCCACCAUCUGCAAACAAAAAUAUUUACUUCAGUUAAUGAUACUCACGUCCCACAUUGCUCAUCUCUCCCAAUUAGAGCCUUUCCCUUUCCUUUCAAUCCAAUUAUCAUCCAACUCUCGCUUUCUACUCUGUAAAACCUUGAACAAGACCAAGCCAAAGAAACAAUCUUUGAAAGCGCUUUCUUUUGUUUUUUAAUCGAGUUAAAGCAAAAGGGUUGCAUUCGUUGCCAGCCAUGACUGAGGUCCUCCAUUCCCCUUCCCAUUUUUCUUCCUCCCCAAGACCCAGCUCCUCUUCUUCUUCCUCUCCUCCUCCUUCCAAUUCUUCCUUAUCCUGCGCACCCCCGUCUUUAUCCGGCCCACCCCGGCCCACCGAAGACGACGACGAUUGCGACUCUGCGGUGACUUACUGUGAGGCGAAGGACCGUGACAAGCGCAGAAGGGAGCAGCUUUCUCUGUUGGCGUUGCUGGUAACCUUUUUCAGGAAAUCUUUGAUUCCUUGCAAGAGUGACAGAAGGGAGUUUUGCGCUAUGGAGAUCGGCUGGCCAACCAAUGUGCGACACGUGGCACAUGUAACCUUUGAUUGGUUCAAUGGGUUCUUGGGUUUGCCUGUGGAGUUUGAACCCGAAGUGCGGAGACCUCCCAGUGCAAGUACAACUGUUUUUGGAGUAUCCACGGAGUCCAUGCAGUUGUCAUACGACUCUAGAGGUAAUAGUGUGCCAACAAUUCUCUUGCUUAUGCAAGGACGGUUAUAUGCAGAAGGAGGCCUUCAGGCGGAAGGGAUUUUCAGAAUUAAUGCCGAAAACAGUCAAGAGGAGCAUGUAAGGGACCAAUUAAAUAGGGGAGAUGUACCAGAAGGCAUUGAUAUACACUGUCUGGCAGGACUGAUCAAGGCUUGGUUUAGGGAACUCCCAGCAGGGGUUCUGGAUUCUCUAUCGCCUGAGCAGGUAAUGCAAUGCCAGUCACAAGAUGACUGUUCCCAGCUUGUGAGGCUUCUACCGCCGACUGAAGUUUCUCUACUGGAUUGGGCCAUCAACCUUAUGGCUGAUGUUGUCCAACAGGAACAUCUAAACAAGAUGAAUGCACACAAUAUAGCCUUGGUUUUUGCACCAAACAUGACUCAGAUGGCAGAUCCAUUGACUGCAUUGAUGUAUGCAGUCCAAGUGAUGAACUUCCUGAUAACACUUAUUUUGAAGACACUGCGCGAAAGGAAGGAUUCUGUUGUAGAGCCUCCCUUGUGCUAUGUAGAACCCUCUGAUGAGGAUGGACACCAGAGCCCUUCACAAUCCUUAAAGGAAGGUAUUGGCAAACUUAAUGAAGGGAAAGAACAGUCGGUGUUCACUAAAGAACCUCGAUCUGGAAGUUCCUCCAACUCUAAUCAAGUCAGUGACCUAACCAAUAGAGAGGCUAGCAGUUUGGUGAGCCUGGUUAAGAAGCUAAAUCCUGAUAACAGUGGGUGUUGCGAUGAUGCGGUGCAAGAUGACUCGUUGGUUAAUGAAAUGGAAGCUGGCAGAGUCUACAACAUGACUUCUGAAGUUCAAGCGCACAACUUCUCUAAGAGCGUGCCUGGUCAAUCGAGUGAUUCAAAUAUCAAAAUGGUGCCUAAAAGACCAAGUGAACAGCAGUCUGUAAUAUGCGGAACAGGGCCUAUUCAGAAGGCUAGGGGAAUCAGCACUCUGAGUCGCAUAGAUUCUACGAUGGAGCGGAUUGAAGCCUGGCGGUGAAGAAAGGCUCGACCCAACAAUUCCGGAUUUAACCGAUUCUACAACAUUGUGUGAAUAUAAAGUUUGGAUGAUUUGCAAGACUGGGAAGAGUGCAUUGUUCAUGUAUGUGUUUUCUGUCUUGCUGGGUGGUGGUUUGCUUAACCUGUUUUGUAUUUGUUAGUAUCAACCGACAUUGUUAAUAGGAGUCUCCAUUGGCGUGGUUCCUGGUGUAUGAGUGUGAUCAAACAUUUCUUUUUACCUUCUCAUUUGGUCAGUGAAAAAUGAAUUCUAGAA